UGCAAAGAUCCUCCCUCUGUCAUACAUCCCUCUCUCAUCAUCGGUGGUUCACAGCUUAUUUGCAAGCAAAAACCAACUUCAGAUCAGCUGCUCUCAACUUUUCCCAGCAGCUGAAUCACAGAUUGCCCUCCUUCCAGAGCAGAUCAUAUGGAGUAGAGUGCAGCAGACCAGCUGCCUUACAGACCUAUCUGUCCAGGUCUUCUCUCCAGUCCUAAACUGUCACUAUGAACAUCACAUGGAGAGUUUUGCAUCUGUUCCAGCUUUGCCUGAUCUUUCAUAUUUGGCUAAUGAUCAACUGCCACUUGUACAAUAACCGCUAUGAUGGGGACAAAGUAAUACGAAUUGUUCCCAAGAAUGAUAAUGAGGCUGAUGAAUUAAAGAACAUGUACCAACAGCUUCAGGUGGAUCUCUGGCAACCCAGCAGCAUCAGUAACAUCUGGAAAGACACAAUAACGGAUGUCCAUGCUUCCAACGUGAGCUCUGAGGCCCUGCUUACCUUCUUACAACAAGCCAACAUGGAAUACAAGAUUCUUGUAAAAAACCUGCAGAAGGUAAUUGAAAAGCAGAAUCCUUCCAAAGCAAAGAGGAAGCGUAGGUCUCUAUCGAAGUAUGACUAUGAAGACUAUCAUACACUGGAAGAGAUUGAGAAAUGGAUGCACCACAUGAAUAGAACUCACUCAAAUCUUGUUCAAAUGUUUUCAAUUGGAACCUCAUAUGAAGGAAGACCAUUAUAUGUGCUUAAGUUGGGCACAAAGCCUUCCACUUUUAGGAAAUCCUACAAGAGAGAGAUAUGGAUGGACUGUGGUGUUCAUGCAAGAGAAUGGAUCGGACCAGCUUUUUGCCAGUGGUUUGUAAAAGAGGCCAUUAAUACCUAUAAGAGUGAUCGUGUUAUGAAGAAAAUUCUUGACUUUCUCUACAUAUAUGUGAUGCCGGUGUUAAACCCUGAUGGGUAUCGUUACAGCUGGACCCACGAUCGUUUCUGGAGAAAGACAAGAUCAAAAAUGAGAUUCAAUUGCUAUGGAGUUGAUGCAAACAGAAAUUGGAAAAUCAGAUUUUGUGAGGAAGGGGCAUCUCUGAAUCCAUGUGACAACACUUACUGUGGACCAUAUGCAGAGUCCGAACCAGAAGUUAAAGCAGUCGCUCAAUUUAUUCAUAAAAGGAGAAAAUUUAUCAAAAUCUACAUGACAUUUCAUGCCUAUGCCCAAAUGGUACUCUAUCCUUAUUCCUACCAGUAUGAUGCCAUCCCAAAUUUCAAGUGUGUGGAAUCAGCUGCACAAAAAGCUGUCCAGGCUAUAAACUCGGCGUAUGGUGUACGGUAUAGACAUGGUCCAGCAUCAUCUACUUUAUAUUUGAGUUCUGGCAGUUCCAUUGAUUGGGUUUAUAAUAAUGGUAUACCAUAUUCUUUUGCAUUUGAACUUCGAGACACUGGAUAUUAUGGAUUUGUUCUUCCACAAGGCCUCAUUCGACCAACAUGUAUAGAGACAACGUUGGCAGUAAAAAAUAUCACAAUGCACUUGCUGAAGAAAUGCCGUUAGAAUGAUGUCUAAGAGCUGUACAUUUUUAUUGGAAAUCGUAGCCUUUUUAAAGAUAUAUAAAACAACCAUAUAUUCCAGUUUUGUAUUCGUUUAUAGGACUUGUAUUUUAUGUAUGUAAUCAGUAUCAUGUAAUCCUAUGGCCCGAAGAAAUCUUGUGGAGCGAAGGUCAGCAGUCUCAGCCAAUCAGGGCUUUAUUGCUGUUUUACAAAGUUCUGCCAGGGAACAUGCUUACAGGAGAGUAAUUUUUUCACUGUACACCUGUUCUUUUAUUGUCCAUCCACAAUCUGGCAUUCAGAACCAGGCUCUACUGAUUAACAGCACUGCAGUCUAAAGGAAGUCCAAGACCUGGAUGUAUUAUCCUGCAGAGGUGACCAGAUCACAAGACUGGCUGAACAGACUUACAAAUCCUUUUGCUGUUAAACAUUUCACAUAUAUGCAAUGUAAAUUUUUAUUUAGCUGUUAGUUUGUAGUCCAGUUGUAAUUUUUAGCUAUACAUAAUAAUGAGACCAAUGUAAUGUAAAUAACAUUAUCAGUGUGUGUUCAUUUUUUUAAACUCUUGUUUCUGUGUUUUUUUUUUUUUUUAUUUUGUAUGUGUGCUGGUCAUCAUAUUUUCUCAUUUCACAGUGAGACUCUGUGCUCCUGGUUGUGUUUUGAUGAUUCUUAUCUCAUUGAAAACCUGUAAGACAAGGUCUGUCUGAUUAAAAGCAAUAUGUUGCCAGAAACCAU